AUGGAGAAGCUGGUGAGAGGCCUCUUCUAUGAUAAAAAUGGAUUAAGGAAAGGUGAAUGGAGUUCUGAAGAAGAUCAAAAACUAACAUCUUAUAUCCAGAGACACGGUUAUCGGAACUGGCGUCUUCUUCCUACAUUUGCUGGUCUUAAAAGGUGCGGAAAGAGUUGUAGGUUAAGAUGGAUGAAUUACCUACGGCCUGAACUAAAACAUGGAAACUUCACUGAAGAAGAAGAUGCAUUGAUCAUCAAAUUACAUGCACAAUGUGGAAGCAGGAUGUCCACCAUCGCUAAAAGUUUACCUGGAAGAACGGACAGUGAAAUAAAAAACCACUGGCACUCUCAUCUAAAGAAGCGUACACAGGGAAAUACGACAGCAUCUGAUGUGAAAGAUACCUCUAGUUCUCAAAGUGAAGCCAUCGAGAAUUCUGAAGGUGAAACUGAAAGCAACCUUAUUGAUACUCCAGCCAACAUGAUCUUAGAGAGUUCACCUGUGUCCCCAACUACUGAACUGUCCUCCUCCAUCUCCGGCGGUGGAUCUAUGUCUGGCUUAAAUGUUACUGAGGGUACAGAAUAUACUACUUAUCUUCCUUCUUCAGAAAUAUAUGAAGCUCAAAGCAGCGGAGAUUUCUGGAGUGAGCCCUUUUUUGAAGACAAUAUCUACGACUAUAACCAAGAUGUUGGUAACAGGUCAUUCUUGGAAAAGGGUGGAUUUGAGCUGCCAUUGCCUUUUGACGACAUCUAUUUUGAUGGUUAUGCUGAUUUCCUCUACGACUCGAUGCAACUGUAG